CCAACAGUAAAAUCCCAAAAUCCCCUAAAUUAAACGUGUUUACAUCUGUCAAAAUACCGUAACCUUAAUCUUUUUGAGAUUGUUUUUGCGAUUUUUCUUGCAAAAUGGGGAAGACCUCAAAAGAUAAACGCGAUAUUUACUACAGGAAAGCCAAAGAGCAAGGGUGGAGGGCGAGAAGUGCCUUUAAAUUGCUACAAAUCGACGAAAAGUUCGAUAUUUUCAAAGGCGUUACAAAAGCUGUUGAUUUGUGUGCAGCCCCGGGAUCUUGGAGCCAAGUUUUAUCUAGAAAGUUAUAUUUAGGAGAAACAAUUAAUAUUACAGAAAAAUGUACUUUGUUUCAUACUGAUGAUAUAGCUGAAAAAAACAAUGUUGGUGAAAGUCAAGUUGAUAGUAAAAAGUUAAAAAAUGAGAAUGUUAAGAUUGUUGCGGUUGAUUUGCAACCUAUGUCACCUUUACCAGGGGUUAUACAAUUACAGGGGGAUAUUACUAAGUACUCAACAGCACAGGAGAUAAUUGGACAUUUUGAGGGUACGAAAGCUGAUUUAGUGGUUUGUGAUGGUGCUCCAGAUGUUACUGGUUUGCAUUGUAUGGAUAUUUAUAUACAGGCACAAUUACUUUUGGGGGCAUUACACAUAACAUGUCACGUUUUAAAAGUUGGGGGUACUUUUGUGGCCAAAAUAUUUAGAGGGAAGGAUAAUGAUUUGCUUACAAAUCAAUUACUAACUUUAUUUACUGAAGUGUUUGUUGUUAAACCUAGUAGUUCAAGGAAUUCAAGUAUUGAGGCUUUUGUGGUUUGUCAAAAGUACAAUCCACCCCAAGGUUUUGAACCUAAAUUAAUGACUCCUUAUUUAAAUAUUUCCAAUAAGGAUUUUUCAAGCUUAGAGGGGGUUAAUCGUGUUAUUAUACCUUUUGUGGUAUGUGGGGAUGUUAGCGCAUAUGAUUCUGAUACAACUUAUCCAUUACAGCUUGAGGGCGAAGCCCCAUAUAAAUAUCGCCCCCCAGUUCAACCCCCUAUAUCCCCACCAUAUUAUUCCAGUAAAAAAGAGGACACACCACCAAGCACUUUAAGCUUAAAAAAAUCCAAAGAUCAGUUAAAAAAUAUUGUUGAAUCUUUUGAAAGUGGUUCUUAUAAGCUUAAGUCUUUAAAUAAUACUUUGGAUAAACUUAAUAAUAUAAGAAAAAAUAGUGAAAAGGACAGUGUAAUACAAGAAUACAUUGAACGACUUGGAAAAGCAGUAAAUAAAAUUACAGAAAAUAAGAAUGAUACAUUAGAGGAAAUUAUUGAAAAUUUAAAGGCUUUAGAUUUGUCUAAAAAAGAAGAUAUUUUCGUAAGUAAUCCCAUGGAAGAUUUACUCCAAGCCUCAGAAGAGUUAAGAUCAUCAAAGGUAGAAAAAAGAAUGCAAGAACUUAAAAACUCAAAUGAUUUAACAAACUUGGAAGAACUUUACAAUGAAGUUAACAUAGUAGCUGAUGAAAAAACCUUUCAGGAAUUUCUCGCGCACAUUGAAUUACUUGAUACCUGUACAUGCUAAAAAAUAUAUUAAUAUUGGAAUUAUAUUAUUGCAUUUAUUUACCUUUUGAAUAUUUCUAUGAUGUCUCAUUAAAAAAAGAUGUCAUUCACGGGCUAUUGUUAAUAUAAAC